CGCGCGUGCUCGCUCGCACGCGUGCCCGCGGCGCUCCAUCAGCUGAUUUUUGCGUCCGGUUCGGCGAGUCAUGCCUUUUCUUCCGGUCCGGUACAGACCGUCGUUUCAGUAUCUGCGGGAUCGACGGUGAAGAUGGUAGAUGAAGCUGGUGACAGGGAUGACUCCUCUAAUGUUGCCAUUAUUAGGGAAGUAUAUGACAGUGAAAAUGCUCACGAGACAUUUGAAUAUGAGUUAGAGCGAGCACUGGAGUCGGAAUGCAGCUUAAUUGUUAUCGAACCAUCGAAAUUAGGUGAUGAAACCUCCAGAUGGAUAGCGGUAGGAAAUUGUCUUCACAAGACUGCCGCGUUGUCAGGUCUUGCUGCAAUUGUCACAGGAUUGGUCUGGGGCGAUCGGCCGUACAUCUGUGGUCCACUAGGUUUUACGUCGGUCAUAACCUGCGGAUUAUAUACAGUCUCUUGGCAAUUUGAUCCCUGCUGUCAGUAUCAAGUGGAAACUGAUACCAGCAAAUUGCCACACGUUGAGCUAUUAGCUGUUCUAGGUCCGUCGUCUCCGACGUUUCUUGUAAGGAAAGAUGAUAAGAGGAGACGAAUUCUUCACACGACGAUUACAUUGGCAGCCCUCGGCAUUACUGCCUGGAGAGUGUAUCAGGCGUUUAAGUGAAAAAAAUUAUUAUUAGCAUCGGUUUUGACUUAAGCCAGAAUGAAACGCUAAGGUAGGCCACACAAUGUCGAGUUUCAUAAUAGUAGGCCUACUGAAUUUCUGAAUGGAACGCGUGAACUCGUUUAUUCUAAUGCCGCGAUAUAUUAUGACACAAAAGUAUUCUCUCAUUUUAAUAAUUGACUUAUAACACUUUUUGAUACUACCUCGCAGGUGAAUGCUGCUUAUGUAAUGACUAAACCACAUAAACACAAGUAAAGCGCCAGAUUUUAUCUUAUCUUUUACAUCGGUAUAUAAUUUGAGAUCGUUAUUCUUCGCGAUUGUCAUCUUGACAAAAUUUUCCAAAAUAAUGAUUGUGCAAAGCUGGAAAGACCAUAUACAUGCAGUCCCUAUAAUAAAAAAAAAAAAAAGAAAUAUUGACAUAAGUGUUCUUAGAAUGAUUAAAUUUACAAUGGGACAAGGAUUUAGCAUUAUGUAUUUUUAGACUGUAAAUAAAAUAGGUAGAGAGAGAAUACAAUACGUAUGACAUGUCAAAGAAUAUAUUGCCUAGAUUUUCUCACCCAAGAACAAUCUAUGUUGAACUAGUAUGAUAUCGGAAAAAUAUGUUGACCAUAUAAACUCAAUGUAAUUUUAGAAUUUAUUAUUUUAUUAAUCAUAAAUAUAGAAUAAGAUACAUUUUCCAUCACAAA